AUAAACCACGUCCAAGGGAUAGGCACAGUGUGUGAUUCUCGGCAGGGGUAACUCGCUUAAACCCCCAAAACGAUGCUGAAGUUUGCGUUAUUGUCGUUUUGUGUGUGUUUGGUGGUGGGCAGCACAGUGAACAGAAGGGGACAUGGGGACAUCGGCGAGACCCUGGAGGCGCAUGUAGCGCAGGGACAGACCACUUUAAACGAGAUGUUCAGAGAGGUGGAAAAACUGAUGGAGGACACAAAGCACAAACUCGAAGAGGCUGUGCAUCAGAUGGAGAACGAGUCUUCAAAAUCGCUGUUACAUGGACGCAACUUGCCGGCCAGUUUUCACAAUGAAACAACAACAGAGAUUAAACUGGGCAAUCGGACCAUCCAACUGAUAGAGAAGAUCGACAAGGAAACAGACAAUAAGACUGGGAAAACUCAAUUUUCCAGAACUCUUAUUCAAAGCCCCGUUCGGUGGAAUGAAGUAGAUCGUGAGUGCAUGAUUGAUGAGGAUUGUGAAGAUGGAAGCUACUGUCUGUACGAGAUCAUCACCUCGAAAUGUGUCCCAUGCCAGACAGCUAAUAUGGAGUGCACAAAAGAUGAGGAGUGUUGCGGCGAGCAGCUGUGUGUGUGGGGUGUUUGUGCUCACAACCGAACCAAAGGACAAUCCGGAACAAUCUGUCAGUACCAGAAUGACUGUAGUCCUCAACAUUGCUGUGCCUUUCACAAAGCGCUUCUCUUCCCCGUGUGUCGGCCCAAGCCACAGGAGGGUCAGGGCUGUCACAAUCACCCUAACCAGCUAAUGGAUCUCUUACUGUGGGACGAGGAAGGGCCGCGCGAGCACUGCCCAUGUGCUGCAGGUCUGAACUGUCAGCCUCUCGGGAAAAAAUCAGUGUGUGUGGAUGACAGGAAUUCCUCUGGUGAAGGGAUUUUGGACUGAACGCUUUGACAGGAACUGAACAUUAUCGGUGGUUCAUUAUGCUCUGCAUAGUGUCUUCCUGUAAUUUAUAAUAUUACUUUUUAUUGUAAUCUGUAAUCAUUAUUUGUAAUUUGCUUGCCACCAAAGUUAAAAGAAUAACAACCUUUUCCAAACACCACCACCAAGAAGAGCAAUUUUGAAAGACACUGUGUUUUGAUCUUUUUUUAUGGUCUAUGAAUUGCUAAAUUCUAGUCUUGUCUGUGUAUUAAACUGUAUUCAAAUUUUUAGGCACUUUUUUAUGUCAAUGACAAUGUUCCUAUUUUUGUGGAUUUCGCUGUACAUCGUAUUCCUUACGAUAUAGUUCUGGAACAAGUAGCGUAUGCUGUAUGUGUUUAUUUUUGUAGCUUCUUAAUAGUGUUAAUUUUCCACAAACAAAUAAUAAAUCGAUCGUUGUUCACAUUUGAACAAUAGGGGGCAGUAUUGAAUUGCGUUAGUUACAGAGAAGGUGAGAAAAUGGACAUUUGAUAUUCUAUCCCAUU